AUGACAGAUUAAAAUUAAUUAAGUCAUAAUAAUAUCGAAGAUUAAUAAGAGGGGUCUGAAUAAUGUAGUGAUGAAGAGUUGGAUGUUUUUCAUUAUUAGGAAGAGAAGUAGUGAUUUAUGAAUGUAUAUUAGAGAGAAAUAUCCGAUGUUGGUAAGGUUAUUAGAGAAUAUGUUAAGCUAAGUAUUAGUUAAUUUAUUAACAAUUUAUGCAUUAUAUGGGGAUGAUAUAAGAAUAAUAUGUUUUGAUAAAAGAGCAGAUAGUACUUUUGAUGGGAUAACAAUAUUUUGCAUAGUAAAUAAAAGAAUAAUAAAUACAUAGAUAAUAUUUUCUACUGAAAUAGUUAUAACAUCGAUAGUAAGAAAGGAGUACUUAAAUUCAUUUUUUUUUUGGCUUGAUAUAAUAUCUACAGUUUCAUAGAUUUUGGAUAUAACGUUAUUUAAUGUAGCUGUAGGUUUAGAGUAAUAAAUUUAUUAAGCAGUAGAGGUUCAGUAUCAGCAAAAUCUGGAUCAGAUUUAUAAUAGGCAAAUAAGGCUUCAAAAACAAGUUCAAAAGCAAUAAGAGUGGUAAGAUUAGUAAGAUUGAUAAGGAUAGUAAAAUUAUAUAAGGCUGUUAAUUAUUAAAGAGAAUAUAGUUUAAGAAAAAGUAAGACAAAGUCAAAUACAAUUUAAAUGAUAAAGAAUUCAAAUAAAAGUUAGAUUUAUCCAUAAAAAGAGGAUAGAAUGGAAUAAUAAUAAUAUGUAUUGAGAGAGACUCCUAAUUUGACAACACUGAAUUUAAAUUCAGUUUAAUAGAAAGAUUAAGUGAAUAAUUUGACAAGUGUAAUCGAUUGUAACGAAUAAGGGAAUAAUAGUAAUGAACAUCGUCGUAGUUAUAAUAAACAGAUUUUACCUNAAAAAUAAAAUUUAUAAAUGAAAUAAGUUUUCUAUAAAAACUACUUAAAUUUAAGUUAAUUUGAAGUUAAUUUUAAGUAAGAAUUAGAAUUUAGUUUUCUUAACUUUAAUUUAAAAAGAGGGAAUUUUUUAUAAAAAAUAAAUUAAUAGAAAUAUCUGAAGUGCUUGAAAAAGAAUUAAGAAACAAAUAUAAUAAUAUUAGGGCAAAAAAAAGCAUGA